UGCGUGUGUGUGUAUGCGUGUAUAUAUGUAUGUGUGUGAGAGAUAUCGCAGACGUCACACUCUGCCGUUGGCCCAGUUCAGGUCGAAUCAGAUGGGCCGUUGGUCCUCGCCGAGGCUAAACUAAGCUAGGUCCGAACGUGGAGGCAACCGGAACCGGGCCACGGUAUUUCUUUAUAUAACCUGGAACCACCAGCGGCAGCGACCGCGGCGGGGGGAGGGAGGGAGCGCCUCCGUUAACGUAACAUCCGUGACAGCGGUCCGCCCGUCGCCGCCACAGCGCUCGGUUCGCCGUCACACGGUCGCGAGGAGGGUCCGCGCCGCCGUUAGCUGACAGUUACGCCGACCCGACCCGAGGCCACUCGCGGGAUCGAUACGCGCGACUGAUGGAUCGGAAGAGGACGGACUGUCCCGCUCUGCCGCCGGGCUGGAAGAAAGAAGAAGUGAUCAGGAAGUCCGGGCUGAGCGCCGGAAAGAGCGACGUCUACUACUACAGUCCUUCAGGGAAGAAGUUCCGGAGUAAGCCUCAGCUAUCCCGUUACCUUGGAAACACAGUGGACCUGGGAUGCUUCGACUUCCGGACGGGGAAGAUGAUGCCUGGAAAGCUGCAGAAGAACAAACAGAAGUUACGUCAUGACCCGCACAGUCUGGGCAAGGCAGGUAAACCGGACCUUAACACAUCUUUACCAAUCAGACAAACGGCGUCCAUCUUCAAGCAGCCCGUUACCAAGGUUACCAGUCAUCCAGGCAACAAGGUGAAAGCAGACCUGCAGAGAGCAACAGAGCAGCCUAGACAGCUCUUCUGGGAGAAAAGGUUGAAAGGUCUCCGAUCAUCAGACAUCACAGAGGAUGUCCUGAGGACCAUGGACCUGCCCAAAGGGAUACAGAGCGUUGGUCCAGACUCCAGUGAUGACACUUUGCUGUUGGCCAUUGCCAGCGCUCUGCACAUGAGUUCUGCUCCGAUCACGGGCCAGACAUCUGCGGCCGCUGAGAAGAACCCGGCUGUUUGGCUGAACACAUCGCAGCCGCUCUGCAAAGCCUUCACCGUCACAGAUGAACACAUCCGGGAGCAGGAGUUGAAAGUGUACCAGGCCAGGAGGAGUCUGGAGGACGCUCUCAUGGCUGAUGGCGCGGCGCGAGCUGCUGAAAGCACCCGAGAGGUGCAGGAGGGGAAGACAGCCUGAAGACAGACAGACAGACAGAGUGACAGACAGAGUUUCGCCGCUCACCAGCCUCAGGUUUAUCAUCAUCCGCAUCUUCCACAGACUGAAAUAUCACCUGCACUGAUGUGUUCUGAGUAAACACUUCCUCCCCCCAUGAGGAAACCUCUUCAGGAUGACAUCACACUGACUCGUUAGCUGUCUGGAAACUAAAGGGAUUUUCUGCAGGAACAUGGAGAGACUCACAAACCACCAGCACUGACUGCAACGUGACAACCAGCAGAACAACAGCAAUACGUCUUCUUCCAGCUCAGACCAAGACACAACCGAAGCCUUCAACCCUCUUAUUUAUACAGGAAUCUGUGCAAACUUUACAACAGCGCUUCUCUGUUUUAAUGUACAACAUUCAAUUUCUUUUAUUUUAAUAUAAAGGUUUUAAAAGUUAGAACUGCACUUAAGCAAAGUCCGUGUUAACCCAAAGUCAGGUCGCAAACUGCUGGACAGCUUUUGCUAACUCUACAUAAUCUCACUAUGCUUUUAAUGAUUUUGUUUAUCCGAGGUGUCAGUUUGUUGAUGUGUUUUUUUCUUCAGGCCUUUUAAUUAAUUAAUUAAUAAGAACUUUUCCUACAACAAUUGUACAAUUGUAAUACAAAGGCUUAUUUAAGACAGAUUUUUUACUAUGACAGAACAUAUGUGUACAUUUCUCUGACAGGAAAUAAAUGAUUAUAUUCACUGUU